GAAUAAUUAAUAUCAAUUUAAACAAGCGAUUUAUCUUAAUUACAAUUUUAAGAUUAUAGUUGCAAAAAUAAGAAUUUUCGCUAGUCAUCCAUCAUUUCGAGCUUUUAUCCAUUCCGACAGUGAAAGUGUGGUGUGACAUUAAUAUAAUAUUAUUGAUAUUACUUAUGUGUAUAUUAUGUGUAUUAAUCGUUCUCCAAUGAACACAUUUUACUAACUGUUUAAAAUAUUUUAUCAAUUUAACGCAUAUUUGUUAAUAAAAAAAAAGGUGUGCGUUCUGUCGAAUCUCUUAAGAACCGAUCGUAAUGGUUCAUGUUUAUCUAUGUAUAAUUCUAUGCCAAAACGUGCCGAAUGCCAUUCUCCCAAAUAUAUUCUAUAUAUUACAUGUACCUUUUAAAUAUAAAUUGUCAAAUGACUCUUUUUAGAGGUGAAAGUAUUCAAUGUUUCUUAAAAACAUCACUUAUAAAAUAUCGUUCAAUACGAGAAAAGAUCCUCUUAGUUUUUGAAACAAAUUUAUAAUGUGACUGCGCAAACGUUCUAUUUUCUGUAUUCACAAGAUGCGUGUGAAAAAAACAGUAAUAUAUUUUAUCGUGUUUAUAAAUAUAUAUAAAAGCCACAGAGAAUCUAAAUCAUUUAUAUGAUUAUAGCGUAGCCUUUCAAUAAGCUUCGAAUUAUAUUUAUAUGACCAAUAUACAUAUAUAAUAUAAAGCUUUAUAAACGGAUAAAUAUAUGUAUGAGAUUUUGUGUAAAGCAAUAACGCAAGUAAAUGUUACAAGCACAUUUUUCAGUGUGUCUUGCUUAUCUUUAUUUGUUCUACGAUUCUCUCGUGACCACAUGGUGUAGCGAUUUAUUUUUAUUAAGUAUUAUUAGGCUUUCGAAAAGGCGAAUGAUAAAACAAACGACUCGCAGCAUAGUAGAUCUUAUGUUACGCUUCACUCUUUUUUUUUUUUUUGACAGAUAAUGCAAAAAUGUAUAUACGAUAAUAUAAUAUUAAUAUUAAUAGGAAUACGUAUGAUAGAUAAGAAAUCUAUGAAUGUUAAUCUCUUGAAAAUAUCGUAAAAGCAUAUUACGAACAGAGCCUCUUAAAAAAUGGAUCCAUAUAGAUCUUUUCUAGUGGACUUCCUAGCUGGAGGUCUAUCCGCAGCAAUUGCGAAAACCGCAGUUGCUCCUUUAGAAAGAGUGAAAUUGUUACUGCAAGUGCAGCACACCUCAACACAGAUCAAACCUGAAGAACGUUACAAAGGUAUGCUAGACGUGUUUAUACGUAUACCUAAGGAGACGGGAUUUCUCAGCUUCUGGAGGGGCAAUUUCGCUAAUGUGAUUCGAUAUUUUCCGACCCAAGCGCUCAAUUUUGCAUUCAAGGAUAAGUUCAAGAUCUUAUUUCUGGGGAACGUGCCGGAGGAUGCGUUUUGGCGACAGUUCGCUGGAAAUUUAGCGGCUGGCGGUGCCGCCGGCGCAACGUCGCUUUUAUUCGUCUAUCCACUCGACUUUGCUCGGACUAGAUUGGCCGCUGAUAUCGGAAAAGGCGACAAACGAGAAUUCAAGGGUAUAAAUGACUGUAUAGUAAAAAUAUUUAAAUCAGACGGACUGUUCGGACUGUAUCGGGGUUUCAAUGUCAGCGUGCAAGGAAUUGUUAUAUAUCGGGCAGCGUACUUUGGAUUUUACGAUACCUUGAGGGGAACGCUGCCUGAUCCGAAGAGUACACCGUUGUACGUGAAUUUUAUGAUUGCCGAGGUAGUAACAACGGUAGCGGGCUUCGUAUCUUAUCCCUUUGAUACAGUCAGAAGACGAAUGAUGAUGCAAUCAGGUCGAAGCAAGACCGAUAUGAUGUACAAAAAUACAUUAGAUUGUUGGAUAAAGAUAACAAAGAUCGAAGGACCCAAAGCUUUCUUUAAAGGCGCAUUCUCUAACAUUCUUCGUGGCACCGGUGGUGCUGUCGUUUUGACAUUAUAUGACACAAUCAAGGAAUUGAUCGAAAGCAGCUUUGAAAAAUUUGUGAAAUUUUAGGAAUUUCAUAAUUUUAUGGCGGUAUAGAAACGAUCGUCUUAUAAAUGUGUACUAUUAAGAUUUAGAAAUAUUUAAAUUCAAAUAGUGAAAUCUAUAUGUAUCUUUGUAUAAAGUUAUAAAUAUAGAUGAAAAGCAUUUUAAAAUAUCA